AUGGGUCAGAAAGGCAAAGACACUCUGGCUGUGCGGCCACAGAGCCGUGGCCGUCGCUCACCCAGUCGUUCGCCACGACCCAAGAACCGUAAACCGGUGCAACCUCCACCAAAAAGCUAUGCCUCCGAUGGUGUCAAGGACAAUGACAUUUUCAACCUCCCCACCUCCGACUAUACACUCCUCGUACUGGUGACGCUAAUUGGCGCCGCCGUGCGUCUCUUCCGCAUCUACCAACCCACAAGUGUAGUCUUCGAUGAAGUCCAUUUCGGUGGAUUUGCCAGCAAGUAUAUCAAGGGAAAGUUCUUCAUGGAUGUGCACCCGCCUCUGGCCAAGAUGCUACUUACGCUAGCAGGUUGGCUGGCUGGUUUUGAUGGAGAAUUCGAUUUCAAGGACAUUGGCAAGGACUACCUUGAGCCUGGCGUUCCCUAUGUCGCCAUGCGUAUGCUUCCAGCGAUCAUGGGUGUUCUAACGGUCUCGUUGAUGUUCCUUACGCUCAAGGCCAGUGGUUGUCGGUCUUCCACUGCAGUCAUGGGUGCUAGCGUUGUGAUUUUCGACAAUGCACUGACCACUCAAUCCCGCCUGAUUCUUCUGGACUCCCCGCUGGUGUUUUUCACGGCCCUAACUGCUCUGGCAUUCACAUGUUUUUCAAACCAACAGGAGUUGGGACCUGCUUAUGCCUUCCGAGGUCCCUGGUGGUUUUGGCUGGCCGCAACAGGUAUCUCCCUUGGUGCCACUCUCAGUGUCAAAUGGGUUGGACUAUUCACCAUGGCCUGGGUUGGGUCUCUCACAGCCCUCCAGCUGUGGGUAGUCCUCGGAGACUCAAACACUGUCACACCCAGAUUGUGGUUCAAGCACCUGUUUUCCCGUGCCUUCUGUCUGAUCGUGCUUCCUCUUGGAUUCUAUAUGGCCAUGUUCGCGAUUCACUUCACCUGCCUGGUGAAUCCUGGUGAGGGUGACGGUUUCAUGUCCUCGGAGUUCCAGGCUACCCUCAACUCCAAGGGAAUGCAAGAUGUGCCAGCUGAUGUGUCCUUUGGAUCCCGUGUCAGCCUUCGUCACUUGAACACUCAGGGUGGAUAUCUGCACUCGCACAACCACAUGUACCCAACUGGUAGCAAGCAGCAGCAGAUCACGCUCUACCCCCACAAGGAUGAGAACAACGUCUUCCUUCUGGAGAAUUCAACUCAGCCCCUAGGCUCCUAUGGAGAGGUUGAAGGACCAUUUGCCUGGGACAACCUUACUGCUACCGAUAACUUUAUCGAAGAUGGAGCCAUCAUCAAGCUUUACCAUUUGCUAACUCACCGACGCAUUCACUCUCACGACGAGCGUCCCCCAGUGACAGAGGCUGACUGGCAGUUUGAGGUCUCGGCCUAUGGAUAUGAAGGUUUCCCUGGAGAUGCAAAUGAUCUGUUCAAGGUCGAGAUUGUCCCCUCAAUGUCCGAGGGAGACUUGUCUAAGAAGCGUCUUCGGACCAUUCAAACCAAGUUCAGGCUGGUUCACGUCAUGACUGGCUGCGUUCUAUUCUCCCACAAGGUCAAGCUUCCGGACUGGGGAUUUGAGCAGCAAGAAGUCACCUGUGCUCGUGCUGGUACUUUGCCCAACAGUGUUUGGUACAUUGAGUCCAACACGCACCCUAUGAUGCCGGCCGAUGCCGAACGAGUGAACUAUCGCAACCCAGGCUUCCUGGGCAAAUUCUGGGAGCUGCAGAAGGUGAUGUGGACCACCAACGCUGGUUUGGUUGAGUCCCACGCUUGGGAUUCUCGUCCUCCAUCAUGGCCUACUCUGCUCCGCGGUAUCAAUUUCUGGGGCAAGGAAGCCCGCCAAGUCUACCUCUUAGGUAACCCCCUCAUCUGGUGGUCAUCCACUGCUGCUAUUGGCAUUUACCUUGUCUUCAAGGCCAUUGCGAUCCUUCGUUGGCAACGCAGUUGCAACGACUAUCGCCAUGUCUCAUGGAAGCGCUUCGACUACGAAAUUGGCACCAGCGUCCUGGGAUGGUUCUUUCACUACUUCCCGUUCUACCUGAUGGCCCGCCAACUUUUUCUGCAUCACUACCUGCCGGCUCUUUACUUUGCUAUUAUGGUUCUCUGCCAACAGUUCGAUUUUGUUUUGAACCGUAUCAAGAUCUUUGGUAUUGCCUCGCGACCUGGUAUUGGAAAGACUCUCAUGGCUGGAUUCGUGCUCCUUACCAUCGCUGUUUUCACUGUGUACUCGCCCUUAAUCUACGGCAACCCCUGGACCAAGAGUGCCUGCUACAAGGCCAAGCUCCUGAAUACUUGGGACUUCGAUUGCGAGAGGUUCCACACCGACCUGAGCCAGUAUCACUCUGAGGUUCCUGCCCUGAGCCAGGCAGUUCCAACGACACCCAUCCCUGCGCCUCCCCCUCAGGUGCAACAGGAGCAACCCAAGGAGCCUGAGCAACCUAACCAACCUCAACAGCCUCCAGUCCAAGAACCUGUGGGCAAUCCCCAAGACCAGCAAACAGAGGAAGCCGCUGUCACGUCUCCCAAACUUGCGGGCACCAUGGCUCGCAUUGAGUACCGUGAUCAGCAUGGCAACGUCCUUCCCGAGGAACUAGUCGCCUCCCUCCGCGCCGACGGUAAUGUCAAGUUCGAGACUCGCUAUGAAGCAAAGUCCCGUCUCGAGCACGCACAUGAGGUUCCCAUUGUGGAUGGUCAACUCGCGCCCCCGCACCCAGACGUCGAGGGGCAGAACCCUGAGACUGGCGGACGUCCGGAAGACUCGAUCCCACCGGAGAGGCCUGCCUCCGUUGCGCAGGGCAAUGAGCGAUCAGUUGAGAAGUCUAGUUCCCCUGAGGCGAAACCUGCUAGCGAGGGCAACGAAGCUACUAAGCUGUAA